AUGAGCGAUGCUGAGAUGGAAAUAUUUGGGGUGGCUGCCCCAUACCUUCGAAAGCCGGAGCGUGAAAGGAUUGCAGCCCAGAACAAACCUUUCGAUGCUAAAGCGGCCUGCUAUGUGGCAGACCCCAAGACUGAGUAUGUGAAAGGCAAGAUCAAGAGCCAUGACAGCAACUCCGUCACCGUAGAAACGGAGGAUGGAAGGGUUGUCACGGCGAAGGCCGAUGACAUCAGGCCCAUGAAUCCCCCCAAAUUUGACAAGAUCGAGGACAUGGCCAUGCUCACACACCUGCACGAGCCUGCUGUCCUCUUCAACCUGAAGGAGCGCUACGCUGCCUGGAUGAUAUAUACCUACUCGGGGCUGUUCUGUGUGACCGUGAACCCCUACAAGUGGCUCCCGGUGUACAACCCUGAGGUGGUCGCAGGAUACAGGGGGAAGAAGCGGCAGGAGGUCCCUCCCCACAUCUUCUCAAUCUCUGACAAUGCCUAUCAGUUCAUGCUUACCGAUCGUGAAAAUCAGUCAAUCUUGAUCACUGGAGAAUCUGGUGCAGGGAAGACGGUGAACACGAAGCGUGUCAUUCAGUACUUUGCAACAAUCGCAGUGGCUGGAGGAGACAAGAAGAAGCAGGAAGCGGCUCCAGGCAAAGUGCAGGGAACGCUGGAAGAUCAAAUCAUUUCAGCCAACCCCCUGCUGGAGGCCUUUGGUAAUGCCAAAACCGUGAGGAAUGACAACUCAUCCCGCUUUGGCAAAUUCAUCCGAAUCCACUUUGGAACAAAGGGGAAGUUGGCUUCAGCUGACAUUGAAACUUAUCUUCUUGAAAAGUCCAGAGUGACGUUUCAACUGCCAGCAGAGAGGAGUUAUCACAUCUUCUAUCAGAUCCUGUCGAAUAAGAAGCCAGAGCUGAUUGAGAUGACACUGCUCACCUCCAAUCCAUACGACUAUCCCUUCAUCAGUCAGGGGGAGAUCACGGUACAGAGUAUCAGUGACACUGAUGAGCUGAUGGCUACAGAUAGUGCCAUAGAUAUCCUGGGCUUCAACUCUGAGGAGAAGAUCGGUAUCUACAAGCUGACUGGUGCUGUGAUGCAUCAUGGGAACAUGAGAUUCAAGCAGAAGCAGCGCGAGGAGCAGGCAGAACCUGACGGCACUGAGGUGGCUGACAAAGUUGCCUACCUCAUGGGGCUGAACUCAGCUGACUUGCUGAAAGCUCUGUGCUACCCUCGAGUGAAGGUCGGGAACGAGUAUGUGACCAAAGGCCAGACUGUUCAGCAGGUGUACAACUCCAUGGGAGCCCUCUCUAAGGCAGUUUAUGAAAAACUGUUUUUCUGGAUGGUAACUCGGAUAAAUCAGCAGCUGGACACAAAGCUGCCCAGGCAGCAUUUCAUCGGAGUGCUGGACAUAGCAGGAUUUGAGAUCUUUGAGAUGAACAGCUUGGAGCAGCUGUGCAUAAACUUCACCAAUGAGAAACUGCAACAGUUUUUCAAUCACCACAUGUUUGUGCUGGAACAAGAGGAGUACAAGAAGGAAGGAAUUGAAUGGGAGUUCAUCGACUUUGGCAUGGACCUGGCCGCCUGCAUUGAGCUGAUAGAAAAGCCAAUGGGCAUCUUCUCCAUCCUGGAAGAAGAGUGCAUGUUUCCGAAGGCAACAGACACCUCUUUCAAAAACAAGCUCUAUGACCAGCAUCUUGGCAAAAAUAGCAAUUUCCAGAAGCCUAAACUUGCCAAAGGCAAAGUUGAAUCCCACUUCUCCCUGGUCCACUACGCUGGUACUGUGGACUACAACAUCGCCAGCUGGCUGGAGAAGAACAAGGAUCCACUCAACGAUACCGUGGUGCAGCUUUACCAGAAGGCAGGGCUGAAACUGCUGUCUCAACUGUUCGCCACCUACGCUUCAGCCGAUGGUGAGUCACAUAACACUGAUGGUGUUGGAAGCAAGAAAGGUGGAAAGAAGAAAGGCUCCUCCUUCCAGACUGUGUCUGCACUUUUUAGGGAGAAUCUGAACAAGUUGAUGGCUAACCUCAGGUCCACCCAUCCCCACUUUGUACGCUGCAUCAUCCCAAAUGAAACAAAAAUGCCAGGGUCCAUGGACCACCAUCUUGUUCUGCACCAGCUACGCUGUAACGGUGUGCUGGAGGGGAUCAGGAUCUGCAGGAAGGGCUUUCCCAGCAGGAUCCUCUAUGGAGAUUUCAAGCAGAGAUACAGGAUCCUGAAUGCAAGUGCUAUCCCUGAGGGACAGUACAUCGAUAGCAAAAAGGCCUCAGAGAAAUUACUCUCCUCCAUCGAUGUCGACCAUGCUCAGUACAAAUUUGGAUACACAAAGGUGUUCUUCAAAGCCGGGCUCCUUGGCCUUCUGGAAGAAAUGAGAGAUGAACGCCUGGCCGUGCUUAUGACCCGCCUACAGGCCGUUUCCAGGGGAUACGUCACUCGUCUGAAAUUCAAGGAGAUGACCCAGAAAAGGGAAUCUAUAUUCAUCAUCCAGUACAACAUCCGCUCGUUCAUGAACGUGAAGAACUGGCCGUGGAUGAAGCUCUUCUUCAAGAUCAAACCUCUGCUGCGGAGCGCGGAGGCAGAGAAGGAGAUGCAAACCAUGAAGGAGGAGUUCAUCAAACUCAAAGAGGAGUUUGCCAAAUCUGAGGCUCGGAGAAAGGAGCUGGAGGAAAAGAUGGUGGUCCUUGUCCAGGAGAAGAACGAUCUUUUCCUUCAGAUUCAGGCAGAGAGAGAGAACCUGUCCGACGCGGAAGAGCGUUGCGAGGGUUUGAUAAAGAGCAAGAUCCACCUGGAGGCAAAAAUGAAGGAGUGCUCUGAGAGGCUGGAGGAUGAGGAGGAGAUGAACGCGGAAAUAAUUGCCCGGAAGAGGAAGCUGGAGGAUGAGUGCUCAGAGCUCAAGAAAGACAUCGACGACCUGGAGCUCACUAUUGUCAAAGUGGAGAAGGAGAAACACGCGGCAGAAAACAAGGUGAAAAAUCUAAUAGAGGAGUUGACCACCUUAGAGGACACACUUCUGAAAUCGACAAAGGAGAACAAAGCUUUGCAGGAGGUCCACCAGCAGACCCUGGAUGACCUGCAGGCUGAGGAGGACAAGGUCAACGUGCUGACCAAGAUGAAGGUCAAACUGGAGCAGCAGGUUGACGAUCUGGAGGGAGCUUUGGAGCAGGAGAAAAAGAUUCGUGCGGACCUGGAAAGGACCAGGAGGAAACUGGAGGGAGACCUCAAGCUGUCCCAGGAGGCCAUCAUGGACCUGGAGAAUGAGAGGCAGCAAAUGGAUGAAAAGCUGAAAAAGAAGGAUUUUGAACUCAGCCAGCUGCAGGGGAAGGUGGAAGAUGAGCAAACACUAAGCACACAGCUUCAAAAGAAAAUGAAGGAACUUCAGGCACGUAUUGAAGAGCUGGAGGAGGAGAUCGAGGCUGAGCGUGCUGCUCGGGCCAAGGUCGAGAAGCAGAGAGCCGAUCUCUCCAGGGAACUUGAGGAGAUCAGCGAGAGGCUUGAAGAGGCUGGUGGCGCGACCGCUAGUCAGAUCGAGAUGAACAAGAAGCGCGAGGCUGAGUUCCUGAAGCUACGGAGAGACCUGGAAGAGUCCACCCUGCAGCACGAGGCCACUGCAGCCGCCCUCCGCAAGAAGCAGGCCGACAGCGUGGCAGAGCUGGGAGAGCAAAUAGACAACCUUCAGCGCGUCAAGCAGAAGCUGGAGAAGGAGAAGAGUGAAUGCAAACUGGAAAUCGAUGACCUCUCCGGCAACUUGGAGGGAAUUCUGAAAAGCAAGGCUAACCUGGAGAAACUUUGCCGUAGUCUUGAUGACCAAAAUAGUGAGUUCAAGGCAAAAGCUGAGGAGGCCCAGAGGGCCCUGAAUGACUUCACUACCCACAAUGCUCGGUUGCAAACUGAAAAUGGUGAACUUAUUCGUCAGUUUGAGGAGAAGGAGGUGACAGUCACCCAGCUCAGCCGGAGCAAAACACUGCAGGCGCAGCAGAUCGAAGAGCUGAAGAGACUCUUAGAGGAGGAAAUAAAGGCCAAGAACGCCCUGGCCCACGCCUUGCAGUCGGCUCGUCAUGACUGCGACCUGCUGAGGGAGCAGUUUGAGGAGGAGCAGGAGGCCAAGGCUGAGCUGCAGCGGGGGAUGUCCAAGGCCAACAGCGACGUGGCUCAGUGGAGAACCAAAUACGAAACUGACGCCAUCCAGCGCACUGAGGAGCUGGAGGAGGCCAAGAAGAAGCUGGCUCAGCGUCUGCAGGAUUCUGAGGAGCAGACAGAGGCUGUGAACUCCAAGUGUGCCUCUCUGGAGAAGACCAAGCAGAGGCUGCAGGCCGAGGUGGAGGACCUCAUGAUCGAGACCGAGAGGGCCAAUGCUGCCACCGCUGCCCUGGACAAGAAGCAGAGGAAUUUUGACAAGAUCCUUGCAGAAUGGAAACAGAAGUACGAGGAAAGCCAAUCAGAACUUGAGUGCUCUCAGCGAGAGUCCAGGUCCCUGAGCACUGAACUGUUCAAGCUGAAGAACUGUUAUGAAGAGGCACUCGACCACUUAGAAUCCAUCAAGAGGGAGAACAAAAACCUGCAGCAGGAAAUUGCUGAUGUGUCUGGACAGGUUGCUGAUUCUGCUAAGACUAUUCAUGAGCUGGAGAAAGCGGUCAAACAGGCUGAACAAGACAAACUGGAUGCCCAGAGUGCUUUGGAAGAGGCUGAGUCUUCGUUGGAGCACGAAGAGGCCAAAAUCCUGCACAUCCAGCUGGAGCUGAACCAGGUGAAGUCCGAGGUGGACCGAAAGGUGGCGGAGAAAGAGGAGGAGAUCGACCUGCUGAAGAGGAACUACCAGCGGACGGUGGAUAUGCUGCAGAACACGCUGGACGCGGAGACCAGGAGCAGGAACGAUGCGGUCAGGGUGAAGAAGAAGAUGGAGGGGGAUCUGAACGAGAUGGAGGUUCAGCUGGGCCACGCUAACCGCCAGGCGGCUGAGGCACACAAGCAGCUGCGCAUCGUUCAGGGUCAGCUCAAGGAUGCCCAGGUCCAUUUGGACGAUGCCCUACACGGGCAGGAGGACCUGAAGGAGCAGCUGGCGAUCGCCGAGCGGAGGAACACUCUAAUGAUUACCGAGAUAGAGGAGCUAAGGGCAGCGCUGGAGCAGUCGGAGAGAGCUCGCAAACUGGCCGAGCAGGAGCUGGUCGAAGCCAGCGAGCGGAUGCAGCUCCUGCACUCUCAGAACACCAGUCUCUUAAACUCAAAAAAGAAGAUGGAGAUUGAUAUCACACAGCUGCAGUCAGACAUUGAGGACACUGCCCAAGAAGCAAGAAACGCAGAUGAAAAAGCAAAGAAGGCCAUCGUUGAUGCUGCCAUGAUGGCAGAGGAGCUGAAGAAGGAGCAGGACACCAGCGCUCACCUGGAGAGGAUGAAGAAGAACUUGGAAGUCACGGUCAAAGACCUGCAGCACCGUCUGGAUGAGGCUGAGAAUCUGGCCUUGAAGGGCGGGAAGAAACAGCUCCAGAAACUGGAGACUAGGGUUCGAGAGCUGGAGAACGAAUUGGAGGCUGAGCAGAAACGUGGUGCAGAGGCCAUGAAAGGAGUCCGGAAGUAUGAGAGGAAAGUGAAGGAACUCACAUAUCAGGCUGCAGAAGACAAGAAGAAUGUGGCGGGACUGCAAGACCUGGUCAGCAAGCUACAGCUGAAGGUGAAAGCCUACAAAAAGCAGUGCGAAGAGGCGGAGGAGCAAGCUAACAGCCAUCUGGCCAAGUGCAGGAAGGUGCAGCACGAGCUGGAGGAGGCAGAGGAGCGUGCUGACAUCGCUGAGUCCCAGGUCAACAAGCUGAGGGCCAAGAGCCGUGACGUAGGCGGGAAGGUGGAAGAGUAG